CGGUGAUCGAUAGGUGCAAUGGGAGUAAUGGGGGCUCAGCGGGGCCCCGUGGCCCACGGCCGGGCCUCCUCCUGCCGCGGGCUGCUGCUCCUCCCGCUGCUGGCGGUGCUGCUGGGCUCCUGCAGGGCGGAGGAAGAUGUGCUGAUGAACACCAAGCUGGCCACAUCUGACCUAAGAUGGACGAGCUACCCUGCUGAUGACUCGCAGUGGGAGGAAGCGAGCUCGAGGGACGAUCAGCAAAACACUGUGCGGACCUAUGAGAUCUGCACCAUCACUAGCACUUCUUCCUAUUGGCUGAGGACGCGCUGGAUCCCUCUGAAGGCGGCGACCACGGUCUACGUGGAGAUCUGGUUUUCCAUGAUGGAGUGUUCCAGUCUGAGGCAGCCGUGUAAAGAGACCUUCAACCUGUACUACUACCCGUCAGAGGCUGACGACGCCACGCUCACCAGCCCGGCCUGGAUGGAGAACCCUUACAUCAAAGUGGCGACAGUCGCCGCCGACCACCUGAUGCUGCGUGACGCCAGGGGCCGCCCUAAUGUCAAGGUGCUGCGGCUGGAAGGACUGCGUAAGGCGGGGCUUUACCUGGCCUUCCAAAGCCAGAGCGCCUGCAUGGCGUUGCUCUCUGUGCGUGUGUUCUACAGGAAGUGCCCGCCCCUGCGCCGCGCCUUCGCCUCUUUUCCUGAAACCGUCCCCCACUCGCUGGUGGAACAGGCUCAGGGUGUGUGCGUGGAGAAUGCCGUGACGCCGCCUGGCGAGCAGUCACAACCUCCCAGCAUGCUUUGUGGUGAAGACGGGGAGUGGGUAGGACAGCCGACGUCCAGCUGCGCCUGUCGUCCUGGAUACGAAGCAGGAGAGACCGACGUACGCUGCAGAGCCUGUCCGUCCGGUCAUUUUAAAGCCGAGUCAGGACCUGUUGGCUGCAGCUCCUGUCCAGCCAAUAGCAACACAAGAAUCCCAGGCUCCGCCUACUGCCCGUGUCACUCUGGUUUCUAUCGAGCCGACUCGGACCCGCCGCACAGUGCCUGCACACAGCCUCCCUCGGCUCCUCGCUCCCCGGUGAGUCAGCUCAAUGACACCAUGGUGACUUUGGAGUGGAGCGAGCCACUGGACCGCGGAGGACGACAUGACCUGACCUACAGAGUCCUGUGCUCCACCUGCGGGCCCGCCACUGCCACCAAGGUCACUUCCUGCUUCCCAUGUGGCGACAGCGUUCUUUACCGGCCGGCGCAGAACGGCCUGACCCAGCGGCGUGUCGUCGUCUGGGGGCUCCGCCCACAAACAAAGUACAUCUUCACCAUCCAGUCGCUAAAUGGCGUGUCUGCACUCAGCCACUCAGAGCCAGCCUCCAGCAAGCUCAACAUCACCACCAGUAGAGAUGUUCCUCCUCCAGUAUCUGGUCUGAGGAGGGUGGAGGCCUCAGAGAGCAGUCUAUCUUUAGAGUGGAGCGUUCCAGUUGUGCACAACCAGUACAAGAUCCUGGACUACGAGCUGCGCUACAGCCCUGAGGAUGGUGAGGAGUCGGUAGAGUGGCAGUACGUGUUCAGCAGGUCUUCUUCUCUGGUGCUAAACGGGCUGCAGCGGGCGACGAGAUACCGGGUGCAGGUCCGCGCUCGCUCUCAGGCCGGUUACGGCUCAUUCGGUGCCGAGACCGGCUUCAACACGCUGCCUGACGGUGUGUCCCAGCUGAUGGUGACUGGAGUCUCGGCCUCUUUGGGGAUACUGGUGCUCGCUGUGGCGGCCAUAGUUGGCGUGUUCUGCUACCGGAGGAAGAGGAGCGCGCACAUCCACGACAAGAGCGGCCACUACCAGAUGGGGCAGACGAUGAAGGUUUACAUCGACCCGUUUACCUACGAGGACCCAAAUGAGGCCGUGAGGGAGUUCGCCAAAGAGAUUGACGCCUCCUUCGUUAAGAUCGAAGAGGUCAUCGGAGCAGGUGAGUUUGGCGAGGUGUGUCGUGGUCGGCUGAGGAUCCCGGGCAGGAAGGAGAACUACGUGGCCAUUAAGACCCUGAAGGGUGGCUACACGGAAAAGCAGAGGCGGGACUUCCUGUCGGAGGCGUCCAUCAUGGGACAGUUCCAGCACCCUAACAUCAUCCACCUGGAGGGAGUCAUCACCACUUCCUGCCCCGUCAUGAUCCUCACCGAGUUCAUGGAGAACGGGGCGCUCGACAGCUUCCUGAGGAUGAAUGAUGGCCAGUUUACCACCAUCCAGCUGGUGGGGAUGCUGCGCGGCAUCGCAGCAGGAAUGAAGUAUCUGUCUGAAAUGAGCUACGUCCAUAGAGACCUGGCGGCUCGUAACAUCUUGGUGAACUCCAACCUGGUCUGUAAGGUGUCAGAUUUUGGCCUGAGCAGGUUUCUGACUGAAAACUCGUCAGACCCGACGUACACCAGCUCUCUGGGCGGCAAGAUUCCCAUUCGGUGGACGGCUCCUGAAGCCAUCGCGUACAGGAAGUUCACUUCAGCCAGCGACACGUGGAGUUACGGGAUUGUCAUGUGGGAAGUGAUGUCAUACGGGGAGCGACCGUACUGGGACAUGAGCAACCAGGACGUGAUAAACGCCAUCGAGCAGGACUACAGGCUUCCCCCGCCGCCGGAGUGCCCCGCCUCCCUGCACGCGCUCAUGCUGGACUGCUGGCAGAAGGAGCGAGCCAACCGGCCGAGGUUCUGCGACGUGGUGGCGUCCCUCGACAGGCUGAUCCGAAACCCCACCUCCCUGAAAGUGACGCACCCAGAGGCACAGAGCCUGUCCCAUCCUCUGUUGGACCAGCGAGUCCCGCCUCCUCUGUCGGCAUGCGGUUCGGUCUCCGAGUGGCUCCGAGCCAUAAAGAUGGAGCGCUACGAGCAGAGCUUCCUGCAGGCCGGAUUCACCAACCUGGACAUCGUCUCGCAGCUCAACACUGAAGACCUCCUCAGAGUGGGCGUGACCCUCGCAGGGCACCAGAAGAAGAUACUCUCCUCCAUCCAGACGCUCAGGAUACACAAAGCUCCACCCACCAUGCUCUACUGACCAAUCGCAGCCUGGUCACAGCACAACACUCAAAAUGACCCUGACGCUGUCCACCGUUGUACCCGAUCCAGCCAAUGGGAACGCUUUACAGCCUGAAACACUAACUGAUGCAGUUUCAACCAAUCAGAACGAAGGAAUGAGAUGACUAUUCUUUGACGGGCUGGUUGAACCUCAGGAUUUCUAUUGGCUCGUCUCGCUGAACCACAUCCCGAGGUUGCUUGUUUUUUUAAAUCCACUCUGAACAGCAGAGCUCACAGAAAUCAGCCAAUCAGCAUCCAGCACAGAAAAGAUGUUGGAAGACUUUGGAAACUAUUCCUUAUGUGGACUCUUCUGAUUGGAUGUUCCUCCACUGUAAAGACUAAGCUCCGCCCCUUGCUGGGAGCAUAGCUUUCCCAGCCUGUUUGAUGGCUGGAUUUCCAGGGCAGGAGGCUUUUCCACUGAAGAAACACCAAGAAAGAAAAAUUACAGGCAGAAAAUGACUAAAUUCUGCUGGAAACACAAGCAGGAUACUUUGGUUUGUACUUCCUGUAGAAGAAACAAACCCUUUGCAGGAUGCUGCCACUGUGACCGCACAGACCUCAGAGCCUUUUAAAAUGAGCCGAACGGGUUUUACGGUGACGUGGACGGUGUUUGAGUUUCUUCAAGCAGGAAUCUGAACACACGUCUUUCUGAAUGACAUCUUGGGAAUGUGGGACAUGCGGGAAUUCCAACGCACCGGUCGGUAAUCUCCCUCUCAGUGGGAUUAUUUCCACACCAGUGUUCAGGACCAUCUGAAGGGAUUCGUGAUGUGACCUGUCAGCAUGUUCUAGCAAAGUUUCAGCAUCAUACUGUUUGUAAUCUGUGAGGAAUAUUCUGGGUUGCCUCAGAAAACACCAGUGUACUUUUCGAGGAAGUCUUUGGGAAUGUUCGCUCCCUGCUCAGACCAGAACUUCUCCAAAUGUGACUCAUCGGGUGCUGAAAUUCUCUGGAUUAAGGGAAGUCAUGUGGGAGUAUUUAACUGUACACACGGUAGUUUUCUCAAUCAGACUGAAAGUUUUUUAAAUUGUUCGGUGCCUACAAACGAUCAAAGCCCACCUGUAGUGGGUUUCUGUGUUGUGAACGUACUCAAGUGUAUUUUGUCCUCCAGCUGUAAGGCAUCCAUCAUCUACAUGAUCUCCCCUUUAUAGACUCAGCUCCCUGUGGCCUAAACGUAUGUGACUGUCAUUUAUCAGCCUUUCACGUGUUGGGAUGAAGCCACUGCAGGUUUAAUGUUUUAAGACCAUUUUCCACAGGAAGUGAAAAGCCAUUCAAAGCUUCAGUGUUGGACACGAGGACUACGUUUGAGGACUACAGCAGACAUCUUUUUGUUUAAUCGUGAACUAUUGAUGGUUUUGUAUCGUAGCACUUUUUUUUUUGUACCUGAUAUUUGAUCGUAUUUUUACACAAAGCAGGAGAUCAGAGUUUUUAUAGUAAACCUACAUUUCAGGCGAAACGUCGUCUUCACUUUCUGAAGAGAAACGUAUAAAAGCAAUCUGCCUUAGCUUUCACGGAGGCGAGUGAGACGAUCCAGGUUCAGGACCAAAGAUCACAUCUGCCCACUGGAGCGAGACUGUGCGUCUGCCUCGCUACAUAAAUGUUUAACGGCGGCCCACAAACCAGCUCUUCCACUUUUACAACACUAACAUUAACCAUCAGGCCAACAUUUGGCAGUUUGCCUCUUCAGUCUCUUCUGUUCUCCGGCCAAACACUCAUUAAUGUGAGGAGCAGUGUUUGUUAGCGAUGCUUCACAGACAGGAAAUACCUGAACGCCGCCAUCACCUUCCUCACAGAGCCACCAUCGUGGUCAUCGUCUCAGGUGUAACUCCAGCAGACGAUGAUCAGCCAGUUAAAACCACCGAACUAAUCAUGUGACCUGGAGGAGAUUGUCCACUGCAGUGUUUCUGCAGAGGUUUGCAUGCAUGCAAAGGAGCUGUUGGGUAACAGAAUAUAACAGGUGUUCUCCUACAUUUUAAACGUCACGAUAAGUCUUGUAUCCUGUUGUUGCAGAGCAGUAACCUGGUAGGAACAGACGAGACUGAAAAGGCCUCUGAGAUCAGAGCUGACUGAAAUAUAGAACAAAAAGAAGGGAUUGUUGGCUGUAGAUCAGGGGUGGCCAACUCCAGGCCUCGAGGGCCGGUGUCCUGCAGGGUUUAGACCUCACCUUGGGUCAACACCCCUGAAUC